AUGAGAGGAAGGGCAGGAGAACAACUUACUAUCUCCACUCCAUGAGCGAACAAAAAAAUUCUUGCUCGCUCACGGAGGGGGGGGUUAAUUUUAAAAAAAAAAUUUCAUAAUAAAAAAAAAUUCCACUUAUUGGAAGGCAAAUAUUAAUUUAAUUUAUAAAAAUUUAUGUUUUUAAAACGCAAUUUGUUUUAAUUAAACAGAAUUAGCUCGAGAUUUCAUGAUAAUAGCUAUCACUUAUAUAUCAAAAUUUUUGUUCGCGAAGGCGUGUUUUUAGGCAAAAAAUAGGGAUUGUUCUAAUAGUUUGUUCGCUGACGGAGGGGGGAGAGCUAGAAAAUCAUCUCAGCCACAGCAAUCCAAAACGUUCCAAAACGAAGAAAUUCAAAACCGUGACCAAUCAAACGACUGAAUUAUUGUAAAACUUCAUUCGAAAUUAAAAACUCUUGAAGGAAAAUACAACAAUUUCGUAAAUACCUGCUCAGCACUAAUGAAAGAAAAUAAAUCAAUUUUGGAUAAUUAUUUCCUUCAAGACAGGAGCUCUCAGCAAAUUUCUGUAGAUCGAGCGAAGUUUGAAAAGGACUUACAGUAUAUAUUAAGUGUCCAAGCCGGGAUAAAAGAAGAAUCUUCAGAAAGUGGGAGAAACAAGGAAGAUUCUUUUGCUGCUGUGAGUGAAAAAUUGAUAGAAACUCAGUCUGAAAUCAUGAGGAUCUUUUCUGGCAAACUUCAUUCCCCAGAGGAGACAAAAGAAGACGUUCUUGACGUUUUUAAUAGAAUGUCUAGUAACUUAUGGGGAGUUUUAUUCCGCCAAAAAAAUAAAGAAGAAAGUUCCGAAAAAACCAGCGAAUUAUUAAAGAAAAUAGUAAAGCUGGAAGAUGAGAAAAAGCUCUUAUCCCCCCUCAGUGAACAAACAAAUCAAUUGGAAAAAUCACUAUUUUUGCCUGAGAAGUGGGAUUUUUUUGGUUUCGAAAAAAAAAAUUAACCCCUUACGAAAGCAACAAAAUUAUUUUGCCUACUCACCGAGGGGGAGUUAGAAAAGCAAGUCAAAGAUCUUAUGAGCAGAAGCAAAACUUCAGAAAUUAAUAAAAUCCUUAUUGAAAAGCAAAACUUAGAGCAAAGGGUUAAAGAGCAGUUUUUGCAACUAGAAAAAUUUAAUUCUUCAGCUGAAUCCUUUGAAAUUACAUUUGAUGAAAAAUACAAGCCACAGGAAAAUAAUAAACUUGUUGAAGUAGAUUCUAUGAAAAAACUCCUAAAAGAAACAAAAGAUAAAUAUUUUUCCUUUGAAAAGCAGUCAAGAGGCCGAAGAGUGGAAUCAAGUGAUAUGCGGCUUUCUAAGCAUUCAGAUUCUUCCUUUGUUAUGAAUAAAAGUCCAAAACCUAACUCCCUCCUUCAGUGGGCAAACAAAACCAUUGAAAAAAUCCUAUUUUUUGUCAAACAUUUUUUAAUACAACAAAAUUUUAUUAGAAAAUUUUAUAUAUAAGUGAUAACUACUAUAAUGAAAUCUCAGGCAGGCUAAUUCUGCUUAAUUUGAGCAACUAUUGCAUUUUAAAACGUAAAUUUUACGAAUUAAAUAAAACUUUUUAAAUUUUUGCGAAUUGGGAUUUCGAAAAAAAAAAAUCCAUAGAAUUUAUAUACGCAAUUUUAAAAAUAUUCCCCUCGAGCGAAUAAAAUUUUUUGUUCACUUAGCAGGAGGGAGUAAGGAAUAUUCACCAAUAAGAAAUAACUCACAAAAACGGUCAAUAAGUCCAGCAGAAAGGAAAAUUUUUGAUUUAAAUAAAGAAACUAAUCAGCUCAAAACGAGUAUAGAAGCAAUUUCUAAAGAAAGAGAUGUUCUCAAGGCUUGGAAAGCAAAUGCCCUGAAAAGUCCACAGUCAAUACAACCAAAUCUUCAAAAGACAAUCCAAAAUUUGGAAGCGGAUAAGGAUAAUUUACAAAGGAUAAUUAAAAUUUACCAGGAUAAGCAGAGAUAUUUAAUAAGAGGAAUCCAUUCAUUUAUUAUGUGUACAAGCAGAAUGCAAAAAUAUUUGCGAAAAGAAGAUGCCCUCAAAUAUUCAAAUUUAUAUGAAGACGAAAAGCAUAAGUUAGAAAUCAGAGUCAAAGAAGUCGAAAAUGAGCAGUCAAGCAGCAAAUGAAGUACUCAAAGCUCUCCAUGGACUACUCCAACUCAAACGCCAUUUAGAAGUCGAAUUUUAUCUAAGCAAGAUGACACUUCUGUUGAAGAAUUAGGAUACUCCAAAGAUAUUAACUUUUUACAAGAUGAGCUAGUUAAACAAAUGGAAAGUAGCCAAAAUAUUCAGAAAAAGCUAGAGGAAGAUUUAAAUAAAAAAAUAAAUGAAGAAAAAACUUUGAAACAAAAAAUAGAACAUUUAGAGGAAAUUAAUAAAUUAUCAGCAGAUGAAAACACUGAGCUUGAAAAGGAAAAUGAUAAUUUAAGGGCGCAGCUUUCAAAGAUGAAAACUGAAGGCCAAAGCGCUCCAGUAAAAGUAGAUUAUAUAAAAAUUACGAAUUCUUUGAAGAUAAAAAUUGAUGAACUGGAGACUACCCUUGAAGGCAAAGAUAAAACUAUCGCUUUCCUUAAUUCGAAGUUAGAAUCUACCAAAAAUUCCUAUGAAAGCACCAAGAAUUGGGCAGAAGCGCAAAUAUCGCAAUUUUUUACAGAAAUAAAUAGCCAAAUCGAAAAUUUCAAUAAAAAGGCUGAUUCUCAAGAAAUUUAUUUAAAUUCUUUAGAAAAAUUAAUUAAAGAAAAGCUCAAUGAAAAUUAUCAAACAAUUGAGGCUAUGAAUGAAGCCACUGAAGAAAGAGAGCAUUUGCAGUAUAUAAUGGAGCAAAACCAAGCGUAUGUUGAUACAACAAUAAAAGAAAUGGGUGAAACAAUAGAAAUCCUUGAGCGCGAGCGCGAUGAACUAAAAAACGAAGUUUCUGAGUCCAAACUAGCAUUUUUAGAACUUGAAGAAAAAAAUAAAAAAAAUCUUCAGCUAGAAAAAGAAGUGAAAGAUUUAAAGGCAAUAAUAAAUGAUUAUGAAAAAAAUGAAAAAGAAUUCAAAACUGAGCUUCAAAAGAGCCAUCAGAAAGAGAGCAAUUUAGAGCAAGUAAAGUAUGAAUUAAGUGUUGUUCAAAGGGAAAAUAAAAGCUUAGUUGACGCAAAUAAUGAGAAAGAUAAAGAAAUUAUGAGUAUGCAGAAAAGGUUGCAAGAUCAGAUAAUGAGCACUAAUUCUACAAUUGAAGAAUUUGAAUUUAAGUUGAGAGAAACUAAGUCACAAUAUGAAGCCCAAUCACAAGAACUGGAAAAUAUGACUAAAAAAUACAAUAGCUUAGCUAAAAACUACCAGGAAACUCAAACCAAAACCCAAUCUUUAGAAAAAAGAGCAUCAGGCAUUGAUAGAGAAAAAGAAUUAAAAUAUGCCCAAGAAAUCCAAGACCUAAGAAAUGAAAAUAUUUCUCUUAAUAGACUUUUCAAGCAUAAAGAAGAAAAAUUCAUAAAAGAACUUGAAGAUUUGAAAAAGGAAAAAGAGUUAUCAAACUUAUCAAUUCGAGAAAAAGAGACAAAGUUAAUUAAUGAGAAUGAGUCAUUAUUAAAAGAAUUUAAAGAAAAAGAACUGAAAUUAUCCAGUGAAAUUGAAAAAAUAAAAAAUGAACUAUUAUUGGAAAAAGAAAAAGAGCUUAUAUUUAUUAGUGAAAUUGAAAACUACAAAAAUGAAAUUUCUCAACUGGAAAAAGUUAAAAAAGAAAAAGAAAUAAAAUAUUCUAACUUCCCGCUGUGACCGAACAAAAUCAUUGGAAAAUCCCUAUUUUUUUUUGGGUAAAACCCACCCUUAUUUAGUGAACAAAUUUUUAGUUCACUCACGGAGGGAGUAAGGAAAUUGAGGAAUUGAAAAAAGAAAACCAUUCACUAGGAAUAAAUAAAGAAAGAGAAGCAAAAAUGAUUCAUGAAAUAGAAGUUUUGAAAAGAGAACACAGUUUAUUGGCAAACACAGGAAAAGAUAAGGAAAUUAAAUUGAUCCAGGAAAUUGACAGUCUUAAUAAAGAAAAUUCUAUAUUAAGAUCAGCGAAAGAAUCAUCAGAUAAAGAAUGGAAUAAUUUAAUUAAAACUGAAAUAGUGUCAAGUGAAGCUCUUAAAUCAGAAAAAGAUGAAUUAGCUGGUAUGCUAGAAAGAGAAAAGGAAAAAUACAAAAAACUAGAAAAAAUAAAUAAAGAAAAGGAUGAAUUUUUAAAUAAAGAAAAAGAAAAAAUCAAAAUUUUAGAGGAAAACAUCAGUGAAAAAGAUUCAAACUUAAUAUUUUAUGAGGAAGCUCUAAAUAAACUAAAUGAAGAGAUUGUUAGCCUGAAAAUGGAAAAUGAAAGGUUAAGCGAGCUUAAUAAAGUAAUGACUAUGACAAAAAAUGGGAAUGAAAAAGAUAAGGAAAUAAUUGGGAAAUUAGAAGAAAAUAUUGAUAGAGUUCAAAGAGAAUUGAAGAAAAAAUUGGACGAAGAAGAACAUUUGAGAAGCCACUUAAAAUCAAAAGAGAUAGAAAUUGAAGAAAUUCAGAAGAAAAAUGAAUUUUUGGAAGAUUAAGAUUAAGAUUAUUUUCUAGCAGGUCUUAGGAGUAGUUUAUUUUUAUCCCCUCUUUGUCUUCAGGCUCAAGUGACACUAUCACCGGCAUCACGACCCCUUUCCUGCCGAUGUCACCCAUUCUUUCGACUCAUCUGAAGUUUGUGUCUGAGUCUCUCCUUGCAACGCCGACUCCCUCAGCCACUGGCAGUGCUCAGGGUAUGGAUAAAAUAUUAUAGUGCCUCCUUAAGUACCACACAAAUAAAAUGGUGCCACCAGUCACUCUGGACCUAAUCAGCACUCGCCAUCUUUUAAACAGUAUUUUUGGGAGAAGAGCUAGAAAAAAAUAAAGAUCAAAUAGCUUCUCUAGAAAGAAAAAAUGCUGAUGAAGCCAAAUUAAAUAGAUCAAAGCAUGAAGAAACCAAGACAUUAUUAGCAAACCUUAUUAAAGAAAAAGAAGCUUCACAGAUUCAAAAGAUUGAGAAUCUAAAAGAUAUUUUAUCAAAGCUAGAAAACAGGCUUAAAAAUCUUAAAGAAAGAUUUGAUAACUCUCAAGAGCAGACAAAAAUACUUUCAUCUCUUAAUGAAACCAAGCAAUUAGAUAGCGAUGAAGACUCUAAUUCUAUUUUACUCUCCAAAAUUGAAGCACUUGAAUUUACUUUAGGCGAAACUCAAGCAUGGUCUGAUUCAAAAAUUAAAGAACUUGACGAGCAAAUUGAUACUUUACUUCAAGAAAAGGAAGACUUAACUAGCCAAAUUCAAGAGCAGAAAAACGAUAUAUCAAGAAUUCCUACAUUGCUAAAUAAAAUUGAUUCUCUUGAAAAAGCAAAUCAAAGUCUUCAAACGGAAAAUAAAACACUUAAAGACUCUUCAGUAGAAACAAGCCAGCUGCGUCAACAAAUAAAUAUGAAAAACUUCGAAAAUGAUGGAUUAAAGUAUGAAAAGCAGGCAUUGAAUGAAGAAAAGCAACGAUUACUAGAAGAGCAAGAUAGAUUAAGCAAAGAACUUGAAGAACUUACCACCAUAAGUAAAAACGAGCUGCUAAACGCGAACAAAAAAAUUGAAAGCCUCCAUUUUGAACUAACAACUGUUAAGCAUGAAUUAGACCAAGAAAAAGAAAAGUCUCAAAUUUCUGAGGAAAAAGUAAAAAAUACUAAUGAGGAAUUAAAAGCUAUUAUUGAUCAAAAAAAUCAAUUGAAAAAUGAAUUCGAUAAUUUUAAACAGAACAAACAAAGCAAUAGUGAAAACUCUGAAGAUGUCGAAAAAUUGACUGAAUUAUAUCAAGAAAAGCAAAAUGAGCUCAAAAACUAUGAAGCUAAAGUUAAGGAACUAGAAAAUAAAGUUGAAUCUCUACAAAAUGAAUUAAGUGAUAAAACCAACACAUUGAUGCUUUAUGAUGAAGAACUUUUCAAACUGAAAAGCGAUUAUCAAAAUUUUUCUACAGAAAAAGAAAACUUGGUUUCCAAGUUAGCUGAAAAAGAGCAAGAAGUUUUAAAUUUGAGUGCUGAAAAUGAAAGUAGUCAUGCUGAGCAAAUGCAGUUAUCAAAAAUCAUGGAGCAAGUUUUAUCUGAUUCUAAGGCAUCCAAAUUGCAAUAUGAGCAGACUAUCAAAGAGCUUGAAUCAAAGCAUAAUCCUAAGCCACAAGUUAUUAGCAGUAGCAAUAAAAAGUACGAAGAGUUGUUGCAAGAACGAGAAAAUAAAAUAGCUGAUCUUGAGUGUAAAAUUAACUCUGCAGAGGAAGCUUUAGGUGGUUUCUUUAAUGAAGAUCUAUCUAAAUCCAUCAUAAAUCUUGUUUCACAAAGGACACAAGGAAUCAAAAAACCUCCACCAAGACCUCCAGUUGGCAGAUUUAGGUCAAAACGAGCUGGAGAGCAGUCACCCAGUGACCAGCAAGGAGAUCCUGAUGAAUUUAAUGUAUCAGGCUCUUCACAGAACUCAGACAAAAACUCUGAAAGCUCCUGGGCUUCUAUGCCUGCUAAGCUUUCAGCAGAUGUCCAAGUGCUUCAGUCUGAGUUAAAUGACGAAAAAGUGACUGUCGACAGGUUGCAGCAUCAAAAUAAAUUGCUAAAAGAGCACAUCAGAGACUUAGAGCGGCAGGUAAAAAUCAGUCAAAAUUUCAAUCAAGGCGCCCGUGAUGGUUCUAUGAGCAAAGAGCAGCUUAAAAAUACAAUCAUAAGCUUGAUUAAAAUUUUGCCUCCUUUGCCUAAUGAAGGUGAAGCAACUGUGAGAAUUAUUUUAUCAAUGCUUGAGCUAAGCAAAGAAGAAAUGGUAGAUAUUGACAGAGAAAGAAUAGAAAGAGAUAAAAAAUCUGCGAAACCGAAAGGCAAAUUUAUGGGAAUUUUUAAUAGAUAA